AUGGCCGUCCCCGGAAGCUGCGCGCACUCGUUCAAGAUGAUCAAGUCGGACAAUUCGCUGCUGCUCUGGAACUGCAACAUGUGCCAUUCGGGGCCGCACUGGUUCAUCUUCGAGUGCCAGCGCUGCAAGCUCAAGACGUGCCGGCCCUGCACGACCAAGGCGGCAUGA